AUUCGACAAAGAGUGAAGGAAUUGACGAGGAGAGUCAGUCCACAGGAGGGGAACUUUCCGUGGGCAUUGCAGUGGCUACAAACUCCCCAUAGGCCCAGACCAAUAACUCUCGGCUAAAUUUCACUGCUUUUGCCCCGCAUUGUUAGUCUUGUGAAGAUUUGUAGAUUCCGGCCUUUGGACCUAAUGAGUAAUAACUCGUGACCAAGUCUUAUCAGUGGUAAAACGGGAACCAGUAUUUACAUACUACGGAGGGCUCGCUUGGUUGGUAGGAACGCUUGGUCAAUCAAAUCACCCAUUCGUGCGACGUGACACCCGGCCUUUGGACCGCUUCAGAUCACAAGGCUUCCCCCAGAACCGUGCCCCGAGUGUCAGGAACAAUGUGGCGGUCUGUCGGACUCGUGUGUACGGUCGCCUUACUGGCUCUGGUACCCUUAACCACGGCUGGUAGAGUUAGGGAUGCAAACGGAGGGACGAACUGUAUAGUAUGUACAGUGUUGGUGGGGCUUGUCGAACAGUUGGCUCAAGUGUACAAUGAAGGAGCUGUGGAGGCUUUGGAACGAUUCUGCUCUUUUCUACCAGAGCAGCUCCAGGCUCCAUGCCGGGCAGGGGCUGAGAUAUUUGCUCCUUACAUAGCAGAAGCGAUUUAUAACAAGGAGACCCCUGAUGUAGUCUGCCAUGCCAUCGGCUUCUGUAAGGUCGACCCAGGUCACAAGGCCUGCCAUAUCUUUCCUGUACCCAAGGAAGGUAUGGAUGCAGCACUUAGGAGAAUUCAGGAAGUCAAGAAAAUGCGGCAAGGCCGAGAAUUUACAGACAUCUGUGAUAUACCAGGAAUCAAGGAGAUAUGUAACAUCUUUGACAGAGCGUUUUCUUCACAUCUUCCCGCUGACGACUUGGACAAAGAUGGCUUCAGCACAAUGAAGUUACUUGAUAAUGAUUGCUUGACACUUUCCCAGGGUUUGGAUUCCGAAACUGGCUUGCCCUAUGAGGAAGUCCUUUGUAAUGGAACAGAGCCCAGGGGUCUGAUAUUACUGGGAGACUCCAUAGGAGCACACUUCCACCUGCCGCCACAGUGGUUCGAGGCGAAGAGUUUGAAUCCGUCCGUCUUCAAAGACUUACUCUUCAUCCUAGAGAAUGAAAUCGACUGGCCAGAACUUUCCACCGCUACAGGUCAUGUCAACAACACUUUUGGAGAGGUCAUCAAAGGGCCCGUGGAUUCCAUCUACAUGCGACUACGUGAACGAAACCGCUGUAACCACAGAGACUACCAGAAUAUAGGUGUGAACGGUGGAAGAUCUGGGAGUAUGAACAGCACAAUUGUAAGGAGUUUGGUAAGAAACCGGAUGUCGGAUUAUCCUGCUUUAGUCAACAUUGAGCUGGUGGGAAACGAUGUGUGCAACGGGCAUCCUGACACCCUGGCUCACAUGACUAAACCCAAAGAAUUCAGAAAUAACAUGCUGGACACUUUGCAAUACUUGGAUGAGGUUCUGCCUGAAGGCAGCCAUGUUUGGGUGUCAGGCCUGGCCAAUGGCAGCCUGCUGUACGCUAACGUGCACGACAGGAUCCAUCCACUAGGAAGUCUGAGGAAUGACAUCACCUACACGGAUUUCUACAACUACAUGAACUGUCUGGAGAUCUCCCCAUGUUCUGGUUGGUUGACGGAUAACUCUACCCUCCGGUACCUCACAACCAAGAGAGCCUUUGAGCUGAAUGACGUCCUGAGAAACAUCACCGCAAAUUCCCGGUACAAGAACUUUGACCUUUACUACCAGGACGUCCCCAUAGAUGAGGUCAUCGCGGAGUGGGAGGCGCAGGGCGGGCAGGGGUGGCAGCUGAUCGAACCUGUCGACGGCUUCCAUAUCAAUCAGCUGGCAAAUGCCCUCGGUGCGGCGCACAUUUGGGAGAUGCUUGAAAAGGAUCACCCCAACGUGCUGGGUAAGGUCAACCCAAACAACGAUAGGAUCAAACAACUGUUUGGGGACCAGGGCGGCUACUGAAGAAGGUUCUGCACACUACAGCAGUUACGCCUAGCAGCAAUGCAAAGUAUAACAUGACUUAGUAAUGUCGUGAGGAAGGUGACAGUUACCAGAACAUUGUUAUCCAACAAUUGUAAAUGGUGCAAUUUAUUAAACAAAGUGUGGCAACUUCUAAAUCUACUUAUAGCAACUUCAGGAGUAGACUUUGUAAUUGUAGUGUGU